AUGUAUCUUGAUAUUUUCUUUUUUGGAGAAUCCAACGAAACGAGAAAUCAUAUUAUAAUUUUAUCAUUAAUUUUUAACAUUAUCUUUAAAAAAGAAGUCUCUUUUCAAUUAAUCUUCGAAAAAACUGGACCGAUUAUUCUUUGGAAACAGAUAAAACAUACCGAGAAGACGAUGAAGAAAGUUAUGGAACUUCUUGGUCGACUGGUGUUGGACGAAGUCCAAAGGAAAACUUGCGCGGCAUUACCACCGGACAUGCGACAAUUUUUAGAGUGGAUGUUGGAAGUCAACGGGCAGAAAGAAUUGCAGGAACAAACACCUUUAUUACCAUUGGUACACGAUAAAGAAACGACCGAACAUCCGUCGGACGACAAGAUACUUUUUCCCAAAACUUCCGAUCAAGAAACUGACAAGGACGUCAACGAACUCCAUAAGAAGGUUCGAAUAUUGCAGAAUCUUAUAAACGAGUAUAACGCUUUAUCUGCCAAGGAGAAGAUAAAGGUCCAAACUGUCCACGAUUAUCUCGUUAGACAAUUAAAUUCCCUUUUACAUUACAUCGAGGUGAAGGAAAAAUCGGAGAAAAAUAAAACUGGCGAUAAGACGGUACCGAGUAGACGUAACGCAGAAUUUAUUCUUCGUUAUCAGAGUGCCUCGCCAAAUUUUGAAUUCGACAGGAAUCUCACUUUGUUCAAAAACGAGAAUGCACCUGGCUUUUGGAAACUCGACAAUGCCAGUUUUGCGUUGGACAUUGAAAGGAAGAAACGUCGGCCCGUUCGAAGUUCCAAUUAUUCUUUUAAUAAAAAACGACGGAAGAAGAAACGUAAGAAACGUAAACGUAAACGUAAGCGUCGUAGGCGAAAUGAAAGAAGAAGCUACGAUAAGAACGAAACGCCGGAGUAUCGAAAACUUGCACAUCAUGCUGCUAUGAUAAGACAAAAACGUGGGGAUAAUUUGGAGGAUGAAUGGGAUCAAUUUGAUUUCAAAUACGAACAGCCAGAGAUCUAUAAAUCUAUGAAUAUUUUGAACGACCAGGACGGGAAAAUAAGAGACGGACGAUCGAUCGAUCUAAAGGAAAAGAAAGUAAUUCUAGCAAGAGACAAUGUUACCGUAGCUAAUCUUUAUAGAAAUAAUUACGACGAUUUACCGGUGAAAGGUAAAAAUCGUGCCGAGGACGAGAUGAUACUUCUUAAUAAACGCGAAGCAUGGAAAAAGCAAAAUGAGAUACAGCUCGAAGAGGUGGCCUUCGGUAAGGAUAUGCGAAACAGGCUUAGAGAGGAGGAACAAUUCAAGAGAUUGACGGGAAUUAAAGGGAAAAAGAUGCUAUGUGCUACAUGGGUACGGGACGUUAACUCGUCGAUUAGUAAGAAACCAAGCAAAAAAUAA